AUGCACGGUUCCAGCAAUGGGCUCAUAUGCUUGUCUAAUGAAGGCACAUGCACCGUAUUCUUAUGGAAUCCAGCACUUAGAAAAUUAAAGACACUCCCAAACUCUCUAAUUUUGGACUCCAAGUCCGAUCAUUUGGCAUUUGGGUUCCAUCCCGGAGUUGAUGACUACAAGGUUGUGAGGAUUUUCUACUGGCACGACAUGGAUAUGCCCUUCAAAGAUCGAUUCCUAAUUGAGGUUUAUAGUCUUAACACGGACUCUUGGAGAAGAAUUGAUGUUGGCCCUUCAUGUUAUAUUUUUCCUCAGAAACCUGCAAUCGUGAUUGGAGCAGUAUACUGGGUUGGAAUGAGGAGACCUGAUGAGGGUGAUUGUUCUCUCCUUAUGCGUUUCGAAAUGGGUGAUGAAGUUUUUGAAAAGGUAGUGCUGCCAAAAAUUGCUCCAAAAUAUCAAUUGGACAUUGCAGUUUUGGAGGAAUCACUGUUUCUUUUCCAAUUUUAUGUUAGUUAUGGAAAUGAAUGGUGUGACAUAUGGACAAUGGAGGGUGGCAAAUUGGGUUGUUGGACAAAACGAUUUACGGUUAAUGUUAAUAUCCCUGACCAAUCUAAUAUCAUUAUGCUAGGCUUGAGAAAGAGCGGUGAACUGCUACAAGUAGAUUCCCUAGAAGAAUUCCUUAAGGGUGAUUGGCUGUUAUCUUAUAAUUUUGAGACCCAAAGAGCUAAAGAUCUAGGAAUCCACGGAUAUUUGGGGACUUAUAGUGCAUAUUCUUAUGUGGAGAGCUUUAUUCAACUUGAUGGUGCAGAGAGUCUUUUUUCCGGCCACUUGAUAAUGGAAAUUGAUUUAGAAAAUGCUUGUGAUGGAGCUAUAUUUACAGGGAACAUCGAUCUCAAGAAGCAAGAAAGGGUAGAAAGAGAGGCCAGAUAA